AUGUCUAGCGACAACACCAACAACGUUGAUGGUGAUAGGGUUCCUGCAACCCCUGUUGAAACUCCUGCGGAGUUGGCUUUACGCCUUGCUAAAGAACUUGAAAAGACGAAGCUUACCGAUUCGGGUAUGGAAAACGUGCGCCGAAAUCUGUUCGGUAAUGGAUCAACCCACAUGGGGAUACCACCUUCGGCUUCCCAAGGGAUGAUGCCAGAUAAGUUCGAUGGCAAAGCUGGGUUCAAAACGUGGCAAAACAAGAUGCGCUACUACUUGGCCAGCAUGAACAUGGAAAGGUACCUCACAGAGGAUCCACCAACGCUUCCACAAGGUGACACUGACGUGUAUGUGGUUGGAAGUAUGGAUAGUUGGGCUCAAGGAGACUACUGUUGCAAAGGUCAGAUUCUGAACCGUUUGGUCAAUGAUCUGUAUGACCUCUACAGUAUGUACAAGACUUCAAAAGCAUUGUGGCUAGCUUUGGAGACCAAGUACAAGACUGAAGAGUCUGGAAUGCAUAAAUUCUCAACUACGAAGUUCCUGAACUUCAAGAUGGUGGAUUCCAAACCAAUUAUGGAACAAGUGGAAGCUCUUCAACGCAUCUUUCAGGAGAUCAAUUUGGAAGGGAUGUCGAUCUGCAAUGUCUUCAAAACGAAUUGCUUGAUCGAGAAGCUACCACCAGGCUGGUCGAAUUUCAAGCAUUACCUUAACUUCAAGCGUAAGGCAAUGUNAUAA